GCGGGCGGCCGACGCUUCCCGGCGGCGCGCUUCCGGUGCGUGGCCCGGGUCCGCGGGCCGGAGGAGCAGCGACGCCCCUGGCCGCGCGCUCACGUCGGUCUCAGCGCGGGCGGCUCUCUGAGGUGCUUGAAUCUUGGAUUAAGACUGUCUUGAAUUCUUCUUGAAUUGCCAGUUUUCAGCCUCCUCAUGCCUCCGUCUCCUUUAGACGACAGGGUAGUAGUGGCACUGUCUAGGCCCGUCCGACCUCAGGAUCUCAACCUUUGUUUAGACUCUAGCUACCUUGGCUCUGCCACCCCGGGCAGUAACAGCCACCCUCCUGUCAUCGCCACCACCGUUGUGUCCCUCCAGGCUGCGAAUCUGACGUAUAUGCCCUCAUCCAGCGGCUCUGCCCGCUCCCUGAAUUGUGGAUGCAGCAGUGCCAGCUGCUGCACUGUGGCAACCUACGACAAGGACAGUCAGGCCCAGUCCCAAGCCAUUGCCGCUGGCUCUGCCACCACCACCAUCGGAACCUCUGCCACGUGCCCUGCCAUCCAGAUGGUCAACAACAAUGAGAAUGCAGGCUCUUUAAGUCCAUCAGGUGGGGUGGGCAGCCCUGUGUCAGGGACCCCCAAGCAGCUAGCCAGCAUCAAAAUAAUCUAUCCCAAUGACCUGGCGAAGAAGAUGACCAAAGGCAGCAAGAGCCACCUGCCGAGCCCGGGCCCCGUCAUCAUCGACUGCAGGCCCUUCAUGGAGUACAACAAAAGCCACAUCCAGGGCGCUGUCCACAUCAACUGUGCCGACAAGAUCAGCCGGAGGAGACUGCAGCAGGGCAAGAUCACUGUCUUAGACUUGAUUUCCUGUAGGGAAGGCAAGGACUCUUUCAAGAGGAUCUUUUCCAAAGAAAUUAUAGUUUAUGAUGAGAAUACCAAUGAGCCGAGCCGAGUGAUGCCCUCCCAGCCACUUCACAUAGUCCUCGAGUCCCUGAAGAGAGAAGGCAAAGAACCUCUGGUGUUGAAAGGCGGCCUUAGCAGUUUCAAGCAGAACCAUGAAAACCUCUGUGACAACUCCCUCCAGCUCCAGGAGUGCCGGGAGGCGGGCGGCGGCGCGUCUGCGGCCUCAGGCAUGCUACCUCAGUCCAUCCCCACCACCCCCGACAUCGAGAACGCGGAGCUGACGCCCAUCCUGCCCUUCCUGUUCCUCGGCAACGAGCAGGAUGCCCAGGACCUGGACGCGAUGCAGCGGCUGAACAUAGGCUACGUCAUCAACGUCACCACUCACCUGCCCCUCUACCACUACGAGAAAGGCCUGUUCAACUACAAGCGGCUGCCGGCCACCGACAGCAACAAGCAGAACCUGCGGCAGUACUUUGAAGAGGCUUUUGAGUUCAUUGAGGAAGCUCACCAGUGUGGGAAGGGGCUUCUCAUCCACUGCCAGGCCGGGGUGUCCCGCUCUGCCACCAUCGUCAUCGCCUACUUGAUGAAGCACACUCGGAUGACCAUGACUGACGCUUACAAAUUUGUCAAAGGCAAACGACCAAUUAUUUCCCCAAACCUUAACUUCAUGGGGCAGUUGCUGGAGUUUGAGGAAGACCUAAACAACGGUGUGACACCGCGAAUCCUUACACCAAAGCUGAUGGGCGUGGAAACGGUCGUGUGACAAUAGUCUGGAUUGAAAGGACUCCUGUUCUCCCUGAGGAGACGAAGAGGAAGGAAGAUGGAUUCUUUCUUUCUUUCUUUCUUUUCUUUUCUUUCUAUUUUUUUCUUUUUUAGAUGGGGGUCAAGUUUGUGAAUGGAAACAAAAGUUGUUUAAAACCUUUUUAUUUUUAGCAAGUGUGAGAAGAAUUUAACUUUUGAUGCCGUUGAGAUUUACUUCCCGUGAACUGAUAAAACGGGGAACCUAAAGAAUCAUUUUUUUUAAGCCAACAAUAAAAAUAUAACAAAACUUGUUUCUUCCCCUUUUCCUUUGAGGCUCUUUGUAGAGUUUUAUGAUUAAAUAGUCUGUGCAGGUUCAUAGACCGAAGAUACUACACUUUAAACCAAUGAAAAAGAACCCAAAGUAAGUAGAAAAGACAUUGAGACCUGAAGGCCUGGGAUCUGCCCGGGUCGUCCACAGAAAAAACAAAAACCAUCCAAGCCGAGCCCUGUGGCCGUCCCUGGUGCACAGAGAUCAGGGCAGCCUAAGUGGUCUAAGAACCCUUCACAUUCUUUAAAGAGAAAAAGAUUCUGUUGAUUUUGUGUGUUUCAUACUCUGGAUUAUUCUUUUUUUCCCUUCUCUGGGUGUAAGAGAUUUUUUUGAAAUAGCGAGGAACUGACCAUUCUACCAUAUGCCUUUACUGGCCUCUUGUGCAAUAAAAUGGUGUUUGAGUGUGCAAACAAGUUAGAGCUGGCAGUUGAAUAAUAGACAAAUAGGGCAAAUUUGCCAGUGUGGAGAGAGAAAGGAAUUAGAUAAACAAAACCAAUUACUUUCCUUCCCACCUUUUUCCUUUGAUAAUUUUUUUUUGAUUUGAUUCUGGUUACAGUGCCACAAACCUUGUUACAUAUGUAUAUCAGAAUGUAAAAAAAAAAAAAAGACAAAAAUUUAUUUAAAAAUAUUUUUUGCAAAAAAAACAACUUGGUGUGUUUACGUUGAUUGUGUAAAAAUUUAUUUUCAUUAUAUAAAUGAAACUCA